AUGCUGCUGGUAUCUCCGGCUGGUGGUGAUGACCUCCAAGGCCAAAAGAAGGGCAUUGUGGAGAUUGCCGACAUUGUCGUGGUUAACAAAGCCGACGGAGAGCUGACAGGACCGGCGAAGCAUACUGCGGUAAAAAUGAUAUCUGCUUUGGAGAAGAAAGGCAUCGAUAAGUAUGGGCGAUUGCUGAGGAAUACCGAAAGACGAUGGAUCGCUCAGAAGCGCAAUACGCAAAGCUCGAAUUGGAUGUGGAACCAGCUAUACGAGCAACUCAUGCGAUCUGUAUCACGCAGUGCUCCUGUGCGACUUAUAGCUGAAAAGAUGAAGAAGGAUCUGGAUCAUGCUCAACAAGAAGAACCUCAAGCAUGA